AUGAUUAGAGCUGGAGUUGAUCCACAUCUUCUUGAUCGCAUACAUUCGAUUCGGGUUGUCAAGCUUUCGUACGAAUCCAUUGCUAUUGACGAGGCACCUAUGCCCCGACGUCUCUGGUGUCGCAUGUUCCUGGAAUCAGUUCCUCUCCAGUCUGAAAUGCAGCGUGCAGCGGCGAUGCCUUCUCGCCUCGGUCAAUCCGAUGACGUCGUACUUGAUCUUCCUAGCUUGCAUCACCAGGGUUUGCCAGGCUAUACCGCAGUGGACGAGGACGAGGGGCUUAAUUUUGGAGACGGCCCCGAAGCGCCUCCCAGAAACUUCCCAGAUAAAUGCAAGCUUUUGGCUGAGUUGAUGGGCAGGAUACCAAGUGCACCCACAGAUUCUCCACAUACUCAGCAGAAAGUGUCACUUAUCGCUGCGGCGAACGUUCUUCUUGCAGCUGCUGGUCGUGGCGCUCCGGAGUCGCGGGUUGAUCUGGAAACAGCACAUCAUCUACGAACACUGCUCUCAUCUCACUGA